GCGACGGAAUGUCGAGCUGCGAACGCGGAUGUUCCAUUUCUUGAAGAACGCGAGGGACUGGGAAGUGCAUCUGUCCUGCUAUGAAAACAGCAGAGUGCAGGGCAAGUUUCAAUCUAUGGAUGCCAAUCAGGAUCAGAUCGUUCUCUGCAGUCUGCAGACUCCAAUCGGAAAGUAUCCCAAUGCGAUCGUCAGGGCGUCCGAUGUUGUUGCGAUGGACUUCACUCCAUCAACGACCCCAGCUCUCCCUUGAAAGCAUGAUGUACAAUGUAAUGUUACCAACUAAAACUCCUCCCCAGCCAUGGGGAUCAGCGGGAAGUGCAAGUUGAAAUCUCAUUUGUUCAUCAUGUUCUCCAUAUUAUAGUACAGGCUGAGAGAACACUAGCCGCCUGCAGGUCGUAGGCGGCGCCUCCUCCCUGAAUGUUCAUCAUUACACCAUCACGAUGGCAUCAACAAGAAUAAAGCUCGCCUGAGG